AUGGCCGGAGUGGCCGAAGCUGCCCCAAUUCGAGUUCCCGCCCAAAGAGCUUCCCGUGUUCCUGCACCCCUUACGGCUGAUACCGCACUACAAGCGUCAAGUGGGCGGAGCAAUCCGCUCUUUCCUCCAGCGAGACGACAAUCGGUGAGACUGGCUUUGGUGGAGCCACGUCGAGCUGCGCUGAUUGUUGACAGACUGUUCGGGCCAGUGGAGGAGUUCGUCACCGCCGCGGUGAUCUUGGGUCUAGCGAUCAAGACUGGACAGACACCUCCUCAUAUAGCCGCGACACAUACUCCUCUAGCGGGACCAAUGGUAUCCCAUCAGAACGAUACCACGUCCCCAGCUCUUCAAGGAUCGGCCACUGCGGCGGCAGCCCUGCCCCUGGCCGCUUCCAUCAGUUCGCCACACCUAGUCACGGGCAGCGCCACCCUCGAUCUUGCCAUUAGCCUACUGUUCAGCCUAGCUACAUGGGUGAAACAGCAUCUUGACAUGACUACGAUACUUGUAGCCCUCCUAGCUGUCAACGUGAUACUCCUGGUGAUCCCUCACGAUGUCAAGAAAAACAUCAAAACGUCCUGGGACCUAUUCUGGCCGCCUUGGCAAGAUCGGACCCCUGCGACUACAUCGACCCCUCAUCACCCAGAUGAUUCCACAGUUUCGCGCGAAACAAAGAUUCCAGAGGCGCGUUCAUCAGUCGCGGUUGCCGAGAAGAAAAUGCGAGAGGCAUCAGUCGCGGUUGCCACGCCCGAGAAGAAGAUGCGAGAGGCAAAGUCUGAGCCCUCGGCGUCACGGUCUAGAGGUCUCGAGGCGUCAGGAACGGACAGUGCGAAGGCAGCUGCCGACGUUUCAGCACAGGCUAAAGCACCGUCCGUCUCGGCGGAACAGCAGGCCAUCAUAGCCAAGGAAAUGGAGCGAGUCAAGCGGGAGAUGGCGAAGAUAAAGGCAGAUGAGACGAUGGGAGAGGAGGAGAAGGUCAUGCAGCUGAAAGUGCUGGAUGGGAAGAGGCAGAAGCUCAAGGCCAAAUUGGCAUCUGGCCAGCCUGGCCCGGAGAAGUCUGGUGAUACGUCAGUCCUGCCUGAGCGCAGUCGCGCGGUCGACGCUGGCAGCUCUGAUCAGCAGCAGCUAGAAAAGCUGAAGGUCAAAAUGGCGGCUGUACAGGCGGACUCUCGCUUGAGUGAGGAACAAAAGGCGGCGAAGAUGAGUCAGUAUGAGAAGAUGAAGCGGCAGCUUAAGGGGAAGGGGAAGGAGGCGCCUCGACCCGUAUCUACACCUGGGCAAAGUACCGCCUCCAGGGACCAUUGCGGGGGGAUCACGAGUGAUCAGGUCACAACACGCUCAUCAGAAGGUGGCAAGGGGGCGACUGCGCCACCCAGUCCGGACCCGGAAGAGCAGAAACAGUUGGAAAGGCUGAAAGCAAAGAUGGUAGCGGUCAAGGCGGAUACCACGCUGAGCGAUGAGGAACGGACCAAGAAGCUGGCGGAGCUCGAUAGCGGGCGAAGGAAGCUCAAGGUGGCCCAGCAGGCAUCAGCGCCUGCCACAGCGGCCCCACAGGCAGCCACUGCAUCGGCCAAGCCCAACGCCCUUCCCAGUCCCGAACAACAGAAGCAACUCGAGAAGCUGAAGGGGAGGAUGGCAGCAGUCAAAGCCGACACCGGUCUGAGCGAGUCCGAGAGGGCGUCCCGACUCCGCGACCUGCAGAAUGAGCGAGAAAAGCUCAAGCUGGCGGUGCCCGUUGCAGUCACUGACGCUUCCGCCGAAUCCAUCCCGUCGACACCCACCCCGACAGCCGUUACUGGCUUGCCCUCCGACUCUGACUCUUCGCCGCCUCCCGACGACGACCUGAUGGCUGGGGAGACACGUCAGCUCAAAUCAGUACUCAAAAAGUCAAAGAAGAAGCCUCGACAGAAGAAGAACAUCCACCACAACUACUUCAUGACCAUGCGGGGGUGGCGACCUGCCCUUGUCCCCUUCCCGCAUGGUCUGCACCCCAAACCCCAGGAGCCGAGGAACACACUAUGGUGGGGCAACGUUCCGAAGGACGCGGAUCAUAUCAUGGCGACGCCCAAGAUACCCAAAGAGCCUGAAGCCCUACGAGCGGGGGAGGAGGCGGACAGUGGACCGGCAGGCGUCCCGGGUGAGAAGGGUGACAAGAAGCUUGAGCCGUCAGUUGAAGAUGGGAGAAAGGUUUUGGAGAAGGUGGAUGGAAAGAUACCCCCCGUGACCGGUGACAAGGAAGCCAAAAAGGUCGGCGAUGUCAGCAGAGGUGAGGAUAAAGGAAAGGUAGCUUCAGCAGACAGGGACGGAAGGUCGAAAGAAGGCGAGGACAAGUCAAGUGAAGAAUCGAAGGUACGGGCGGCGCAAAAAGCGAAAGAAGAGGCGAAGGCGGCGGCCAAGGCGAAAGAGGAGAAGGGUCGAGCAGCUGUGCCAGCUCUCCCCACGAUACAAAUGCCGCCGGCAGUGGAUCCCAAAGUACAGAAGGCGACCUGGGUGACCCAAGGAAUGCUGUGCACUUUGCUCUUCUUCGUCCACGAGCAGCUUGCGUUCGUCGUGUUAGGCUUUUUCGUCUGGAAGCAUGUGCAAGAAUCAAAAGCUCGGGCAGAAGCGAUGGCGUUGUUCUCGGAGGCGACCGCGAAGGCUGCUGCUGCGGUACCUCAGGCUGUUUCUGCUCGCACCGCUCAGUCAACUAGGCCGGCAAUAAGUCGAGGCCAGGAAGCUAAUCCAGCGGCGAGCGAAAAAGCCGCCUUCAACAGUGAGAGCACGAAUACCACCAAGAUAGCCAUCAAGAGUGAAGAUCCCAAUCGGCGGGUCAGGGAACUGUCCGCUCAGGAGUCUGCCGAUAAAGCUGCGCCUGAGGGCUUGAAGUCUGGCCCAACUCCGUCGGCGUCAAAAGUCAGUACUACAAUCGCCGAUAGUAAUGAGAAGACCCCUCAUGUGGCGGCAGCAGCCCGAGAAACGGAGAGUAGCUCUGUAAAGCCGACAGAAAGAGAAGUCAAAAAGGGCAAGACAAAGGAAGCCAUCGACGGCGCGCUUGAUGAUCAUACCGCUGUCCCGGUUCCCGAGGGUGCGAAAAGACCUGUGCGGCGUGUCAAAGACUCCACCGCAUGUGCAGACACUCCAGCCAAGCUGUCGGAGAUGUCGCCCGAUGUCAGAGCGAAGUAUGAGCGCAAGGUGGCGGGUCGGAAGGAAGAGGGAGCCAGUCCUCCGGUGCUCGGGGAGGGAGGGGACAGCAAGUCGAAGGCGAAGUCGACGGGGCAGGAACGAGAUGAGUCAGCUGGUAGCUCGCCAGCUCCCACAGCUGGGGCUCGGACUAAGGAGGGUACUGCAGAUCCCAACUCACAGCAAGUCAGCGGCGAAAAGGGAGCCGGUGGACGAGCAUUGAAAACAGCGCCUAGGUUGGAAACGACUACCAGAUCGGAGAAGGCCAGCUCAGCUGGCGAGACGAAGGAUCACUCUAGCUCUGCUAGCUCUCUACCAAAGCGAUCAAAGGCAGAAGGAGCCCAGUCUAUCCAGCCUAGCCCUGCGUCAACGGAGGAGGAGGCGAGAAAGAUCGCCGAGAAGGCCAAGGCUGCGAGGCGUGAGGACCGAUUGCGUCAAGCGAGUGAAAGAGGCAGUGAGAAGAUGGUCAGCCAAAAGUCAGGCAGAGAGCAGCCUAGACGGGAAGUAGAGACAGCAGGGCGCCUGAGUCCUGGCCCAGCGGCACGGGCCGUCGAGUCUGCCACCGCAAAGGGAAGAGAGGGCUCAGGGAGUGGAGAGAAGAGGACGAAGGAUCGAAGGUCAGGUGGGCGAGGUGUAACAACCAGUGGGAAUGAAGACGCAACGGUCUCGCGAGGUCUUUUAGUUGAGGUCGAUAGGUCCAGCACUCCAUCAGUGGAUGGAGAUACGGCGCCCACCCCCAAAGCGGAGAAGCGCGAUGCCCGUGUCGGAAAGGCACCAGUCACGCCAACCGCGGAGAAAGAUGGGCGAGCAGCGGUCGAGAAGCUGAAGGAUGAGAGACGGUCCCAACUCCUACGCUCCAGACCCGCAGUGGUCGAACAAAAGGUCAAGCCGCCACUCCCUUCCCCCGCUGACCAAGACCUAUCUCCCACGUCAGUGUACUCGCAGAUGACGGAACUUGGGUCAGAACAGCCAUCGCCACCGGAUCCCACGCCCAAGCUGACAAAGGACGUCGUGGCUGCCCGUCAAGCUCUUGCCGCCGGCGACGGCGUUCGAACGACGAGGCGGUCCUCGUCAGUCGGCUCGUACGGCGUCAUCCGUUUCGAUGGCGGGAAGGAGCAAAUCCCCGACCCACCGCGGACAGCCCCCAUCGGGAAAGCUCCAGCAGCGUCGACCGAGCCGGACAAAGCCAAGGCCAAGCGCAGUGCGCGCGACAGGGUCGAUGAUACCCGCGCUUCGGCGGGAGGUGGCAAUCGAGGCUGGGAGGGAGAGGAAGGAGACCGGGCUGUCUGGCGUCAAGGCUGCUUCUGA